UCCUACCAUACUGGGCAAUUUAAUCAAGAACAACCAAAAAUGGAAUGUGAAGAAUAUAGCCAGGCUGAAACAGAUGAAAAAGAUGCAGAAAAGAAUGAUAAACCUGCUGACAUUCUUCCCAUAGCACUGACUAUAUUUUUAGAAACGUUUCCAUAUCUCUAUUUUGAUGGGCUGGUACUCGAUCCUUUGGCUCGUGAACCUGCUGACCAACACCUCGCAGAUACCAUGGUACUCAAAUGUGAACCUGCUUUUGGUGUACUCGUACUCACCUAUGGUUCUGAUCCUGCCCAGUUACUUGCUGAAUUUAUUGAGGAAGAUGUUUGGUGA